CUAUUAUUUUAUUUUGAAUUUUUAUAAAAAUAUAAAACACUACUACGGAUAAGAUCAAGGUUGUUCAUUUCGAUCUACUAUUAAUUAUCGAUAUUUCGAUAAUUAAUCGAUGUGGAAACGAUAUUUUUCACGACUCGAUAUUUAAAAAUACGAUUAUCGUACAGUUUUAAAAAUCGCAUCAUUUGUUAUUCAUAUAUAUAAAAUUGUUCUUUUUGUUUUCGUGCAUCAUAAAAAAUAAUUAAAUUGUUUAAGAGUAUUAUAUAGAUAAAAAUAUUGUUUGUGUAUGAUAUAUAAAAUGUUUUCUCUGAAAAAUAAGUAAAUUAAUAAACGAAUAUGUGAUAAUAAUGUGAUUUUAAAAUGAGUGCUUCUUCAAAUUCAAACAUUAAUUAGAUUUGAAUGAAAUUAUAUAAUAUUAUUAAACAUAUUCUUUUUUCUAUUUUAAAAUACACACUUGCAAGAAAUUAAAAUCAUUAGUAUAAUCAGUGUACAUAUAUGUUCCUUGGAAACCACUAUUGAAAUAACCAUGUACUUAGUAACGAUUUUCAUAUACACGUGAUGAUAUAAAAGUUUAAUAUUUUUUUUCAUUAUUGAAUUCUUUAUUUUGAGAACAUAUAAAAAAUGCGAGGAAAGAAUAAAAAGAAAAUGGUAAAAAAUUAUAACAAAAAUUUUAAAAAAAUGAAAAAUAAUAAAAACGGCAAAAAUAACAACAAUGGAAAAAAUAAAGAAGCAAAGAAAUCAAGAAGGAGUGGAGGAAGAACAAAAUUCACCAUGGAUAUUUUCAAUGAAGAAGUCAUGGAAAAUGCUUAUUAUACUUGUCAUAAUAUUAUGGAUGUAAUAAAGUGCAGAGGUUUCCCUUGGCCUGAAGCUCAAAAGAAGAAGAAAAAGAAGGGGAAGAAAUGAAUACUGUGAAUCUGCAAUAAGAUUAUACGAUCCAUUUUAUAUGGAUGGAUAGCAUUCACAUAACCUAUACAAAACAAAUGCACUCCGUUUCAAGAAAUAUAGUAUAUAUUUAUAUAGUGUGGCUAUAUUUAAAGACUAUGUGAAUUAUUUAAAAAUAAGUAAAUUAUAUAUA